CCUACAGACACCCCCUCAGGCCACUGCCAAGCUCUAGGUCAUCUCCAGCUGCCCUCAACAUGCGUCCCAGUAGUCUCCUCUUCACUGGCCUCAGCGCCGUCAGCACCGCACUCGCCGCUCCCCACGUUGUGGCACGUGCUGAUAACUCUAGUAACCCCCUUGGCUUGUCCCAGACCGAUCUUGAAGUUCUGGCCUUUGCUGCGAACCUGGAGAACCUCGAAGUCAACUUCUAUACAUUGGCCUUGAGCACGUUCAACGACACGGACUUCACCAAUGCUGGCUUCCCGAACGGCACCCGUGGCCGCUUCCAGCAGAUCCUUCAGCACGAGCAGGUCCACAUAUCGUUACUGCAGAGCAUCUUGGGUUCUCUUACUCCCCAGCCUUGCAAUUAUUCCUUCCCAAUCAACCAGGUCUCUGAUGUGGUUGCUAUCUCCUUCGCCCUCGAGUCCACCGGCGAGGCUGCCUACAUGGGCGGCUUGCAGGUCCUCGAGAACAAGCAGGUCCUGACCACCGCCGCCUCAAUUGAGGCUGUCGAGGCUCGUCAGUCUUCCUUCGUCGCUGGGCUCAACGGCCUCGCGCCGUGGUACGGUCCUUUCGACACACCCCUAAACGAGACCCAGGUUAUAUCUCUCGCCUCCGGAUUCAUUGUCUCCUGCCCGUCCUCGAACUUCCCGCUCACUGUUGAGCCGGUGCCGGCGCUCACGGUGACGCCCUCGUCCAACCUGACAGUGGGUAUCAACGUCACUGUCGCCAUCGGCGCGCCUGACUUCAACUCAAGCAACUUCCCUAUCGUCGACACGAACCUGACGACGGCGCCGAACAACUCGCCCGCGAGCGGCAAGUUCCUUGCGUACUUCCACGGCGGGCUCAAUGUCAGCUACUCGCCGAUUGCCUCGGACAACACGACGACGAUCCCCGAGGGCCUCGCCGGCGUCGUCUGGGCCCAGGUUGUCACGACGAACACGAGUGCUCCGACGCUCAAUGAUACCGUCUCGGGCGUCGCGAUGCUCAACAUCCCCGUCUCCCCCGCCGCGAAUAAUUCGUUCAACUAGGGAUUUCAUCAUGGACGGCCCACAAUUGACACUGUAGUAUGCUCGUCUGCAGCCGCACGUCUAUAUCGAAUCAUCGUGGCAGUUCAUAUCUAUCGCUACAGUUAUAAAAAUGGACCAUGGACCGGCUACUACCCGUUGUAGUAUGGACUUAGACCUUUUCCAUCUUGCGUGCCAUAUGUUACUGCACUGGGUCAUUUGCAUCUCAUGCGGCUUUUCCAACUCGUCGUAUCGGUAUCAUUAGCCGAAAUACAAAUAACG